AUGAGUUUCCAUACCUGGAUCACUGGAAAUGGUGGCCGGAUGACGGAGAACGAGCCGACGAAAGUUUAUGAAAAAAACUGUCGAACACCGCCUGUUUAUUGGCUGUUUCCGGCUACCACGGAGGCGGAUCGAGGCAGAAAAAGGCUGGGUCUGGAAGAGGGAAGUGUGUUGGUUCUAAUGAAACUGGUCUUGCUCGAAUUAGGGGUCGGAGUUGAAAGAAAACACCUCCAGAAGUCGGUUGCUCCCCCCCUCCGAAAUGCAGAAUUCUGGGUUUAA